AUGUUCCCUCUAAACUUGCAUGCGUUAACAGACGCGCUAGAGCCCCGAGACUGCCGCACAGCUCCCACGAGACUGCCGCACAGCUUCCACCAGACUGCCGCACAGCUCCCACGAGACUGCCGCACAGCUCCCACCAGACUGCCGCACAGCUCCCACGAGACUGCCGCACAGCUCCCACCAGACUGCCGCACAGCUCCCACCAGACUGCCGCACAGCUCCCACGAGACUGCCGCACAGCUCCCACGAGACUGCCGCACAGCUCCCCCGAGACUGCCGCACAGCUCCCCCGAGAAUGCCGCACAGCUCCCACGAGACUGCCGCACAGCUCCCCCGAGACUGCCGCACAGCUCCCCCGAGAAUGCCGCACAGCUCCCACGAGACUGCCGCACAGCUCCCACCAGACUGCCGCACAGCUCCCACGAGACUGCCGCACAGCUCCCACGAGACUGCCGCACAGCUCCCACGAGACUGCCGCACAGCUUCCACCAGACUGCCGCACAGCUCCCACGAGACUGCCGCACAGCUCCCACCAGACUGCCGCACAGCUCCCACGAGACUGCCGCACAGCUCCCACGAGACUGCCGCACAGCUCCCCCGAGAAUGCCGCACAGCUCCCACGAGACUGCCGCACAGCUCCCACGAGACUGCCGCACAGCUCCCCCGAGACUGCCGCACAGCUCCCACGAGACUGCCGCACAGCUCCCACGAGACUGCCGCACAGCUCCCACGAGACUGCCGCACAGCUCCCACGAGACUGCCGCACAGCUCCCCCGAGACUGCCGCACAGCUCCCCCGAGAAUGCCGCACAGCUCCCACGAGACUGCCGCACAGCUCCCCCGAGACUGCCGCACAGCUCCCCCGAGAAUGCCGCACAGCUCCCACGAGACUGCCGCACAGCUCCCACGAGACUGCCGCACAGCUCCCCCGAGACUGCCGCACAGCUCUCCCGAGAAUGCCGCACAGCUCCCACGAGACUGCCGCACAGCUCCCUCGAGAAUGCCGCACAGCUCCCACGAGACUGCCGCACAGCUCCCCCGAGAAUGCCGCACAGCUCUCCCGAGACUGCCGCACAGCUUCCACGAGACUGCCGCACAGCUCCCCCGAGACUGCCGCACAGCUCCCCCGAGACUGCCGCACAGCUCCCCCGAGACUGCCGCACAGCUCCCACGAGAAUGCCGCACAGCUCCCACGAGACUGCCGCACAGCUCCCACGAGACUGCCGCACAGCUCUCCCGAGACUGCCGCACAGCUCUCCCGAGACUGCCCGCACAGCUCUCCCGAGACUGCCCGCACAGCUCUCCCGAGACUGCCCGCACAGCUCUCCCGAGACUGCCCGCACAGCUCUCCCGAGACUGCCAUACAGAGUGCUGA